GAUACUGUCGGUAUUUCCGGUAACCCUCAGAAACAAACGCGUAACGGUGCUAACGUUAGCUUAGCCGUUCUUCGGAACCGAACCGGCGCUCAGAGGUUCUGCAGGUAAGCCCGGACCGGGUCCAUGGACCGGGCCAGAGGGCCCAGACUGCUGCGGAACCAGCCGUACGACGAGAGCCUGGAGGCGGACGGAGAGGAGCGGAGCCUCCGCAGCCCGGAGCCCGGAGGACCGCGGCAGCAGGAGGAGGCUUUUAUUGUGAAAGAACCCAGACACCAAAGCCAGAACCAAGUCCAGUUUCUGCAUCCGUGACCGCCCCCCCUGUUGGUUCUUAACGGUUCAGAACCUUUCAGACCCGGUUCUGCUCCUCUCAGUCAGAGCUGGGGGCUCGGCGGCGGGUCCGCAGCCUGAUGUCGGCCCGCAGCAGCAGCGACGAGUUUGACGAGGAGCCGCGGCCCCAGAGGGCCACAGAGCCGGCAGCCAGGUCCCACCCGGGGGCCAGUCCCAACGAGGAGGAAGAGGAGGAAGAGGAGGAGGAGGAGUCCGACUCUGAGGACUCUGAUGAGGAUGAAGACGAUGAGUCCUCGCAGGCUCUGGAGUACGACCCGGCGGACUACGCCAACCUGCCCGUCAGCACCGACAUCAAGGAGCUGUUCCAGUACAUCACACGGUACACUCCUCAGAGCUUCGAUCUGGAGCUCCGCCUCAAACCCUUCAUCCCAGACUUCAUCCCGGCUGUGGGCGACAUCGACGCCUUCCUGAAGGUCCCCCGUCCAGAUGGGAAACCAGACUCUCUGGGUCUUCUGGUUCUUGAUGAACCCAGUGUGAAACAGUCAGACCCAACGGUUCUGUCGCUGUGGCUGUCCGAAGAGAGCAAGCAACACGGAAGUGCUCAGAUGCAGAAGGUGGCGAGCGUGUCCAGCCCCCACACCAACCCGCGGGCCGUGGACAGCUGGGUGGACAGCAUCAGCGCCCUGCACCGCUCCAAGCCCCCCGCCAGCGUGCACUACAGCCACCCAAUGCCCGACAUCGACAGCCUGAUGCAGGAGUGGCCCCCCGAGAUGGAGGAGCAGCUGGGCCGCCUGCAGCCGCCCCCCGCCCACCUGUCCUGCAGCCUGGGGGAGUACGUGGACGUGGCGUGCGGCCUGCUGGACAUCCCCGUGUACAGCGGCAGGAUCCAGUCCCUGCACCUGCUGUUCAGCCUCUACCUGGAGUUCAGGGACUCUCUGCACUUCACCAGCAGGGGGUGAGGGGGCGGGGCCACCCCAUCCAUGUCCUCCUCCCUCACUACCCAUGGAGGGGGUCUCCAGGAAAGCCCCACCUGUGAGCUCUGGUACCUGUUACCGGGUUCUGACAGGAGCCCAGUUUUUCCAGAACCUGGUCUUAGUUCUGAUCUUCUGCUGCUUCUGCUCCUGAAUAAACUGAAUGCUUAACUGUC